AUGAAAAUACAAAGGCUAUUAAAGAAAUUAUCCAUUUUCAAAAAAAAAACUAUCAUUGUUCAAUUAAUUAUUCAAAUAAUAUUCAUCAAUAAGUUCGGUAACUUUCCCAUUGGCCUAUCGGUUUGGGAAAAUGGAUUAGGAUUAGGAUUAGGAUUAGCAUUAGGAUUAGCAUUAGCAUUAGCAUUAGCAUUAGCAUUAGCAUUAGCAUUAGCAUUAGCAUUAGCAUUAGCAUUAGCAUUAGCAUCAACAACAAUAUCAUAUUAUAAUGCAAUAAUUAACAAUAAUAAUACUAAUAAUAAUAAUAAUAAUAAUAAUAAUAAUAAUAAUAAUAAUAAUAAAUAA